AUGGCUGUUGGUGGUUGUUUCUGCGGCAAAGUCCGAAUCGAAUACAUUGGCCAGCCUCUAGCAUCGGCACUGUGCCACUGUCUCGACUGUCGCAAGCUCACCGGGUCACCCUAUAGCUUCAAUUUCAUCGUCCAAACUGCAGACCUGCAUGUUUCUGGAAGUCCGAAAGAAGUGCCGAAGACAUCGGACAGUGGGAAUGCGAUUAAGAAUUAUUUCUGUCCUGACUGUGGAACGCCGCUUUAUGGACUGAAAAUAAAGCCCAACGGAGAUCGUGACGAGACCACAGUCAUCCGGGCAGGGAUAUUUGAUAAUGUUGGGAUUUUGCACGAACGGACGCCUGUGGUGGAGAUAUAUACUGAGCAACGAUUGAAGUGGGUGAGUCCCAUUGAGGGGGCUGAUCAAUUUACUGGCAUGUUGCCACUCCCAUAA